AUGGACUCCGACGCGAUUGGCAUAAAUUCCCUCCCGUCAGAGAUACUCUGCGACAUCUUCCUCAAAUGUGUCCGCAAUGCGCGUGGAAGAUGGGAAAGCGUUACGGUACCGGUGACAAUUUCGAGCGUUUGUCGACAAUGGCGCGAUCUCUCUUUGUCGUUCAGAGAUCUCUGGACCCGCCUGGAGACGUCCAUCACUAGUGUGGCCCCGGGAUGGUUGAUCGAGUUUUUCGACACAUGGCUUCGCAGGUCUAACGGCGCACCACUCGACCUCAAUGUCGUAUGUGACCUCACAUCUGUCCGAUCUACGGAGGAUCAUCAAAAAGCUGAACGCGUUGUGUUAAUGUUGCUUUCUCACCAAUGGCAUUGGGAGAAAGUCGACUUUUACUGGGUUUUUUUGACAUCCCCUGGCUUCCACAGAAUCAGACUUACAAAUACGCCAGUGCUGACCGCAUUCCGGUUAUGCUUCUACGUCCGUAAUCGAUCCGUUGGUGGAAGUUUCAAUCUCACACGGGCUUCAAAGAUCGAGGACUUGAGCCUUGGACACCCGGUUGCUGUCGAAUUCGAAGACGGGCCAAUGCUUACUUCGCUACACUCACUCGCUGUCACUUUGGAUCCACAACAAUGCUGUAAGCUUCUCAAGGCGGCUCCGAAUUUGAAGAAACUUCAAGCGACCAGUAUACUUCGACCGCCUGGCGAGGAACGUUCCGUAAUCUCCCAUGAUCUCGAGUGCCUCGGUUUGUGGGGUCGCGCAUCACAUACAAUAAUUGAUAUUCUAGUCCUCCCCGUCUUAACAGAGCUCAGAUACGAAGAUUUCUCUUCCCGAAAUGGAGGUGACCGUUUAUCGAGCUUCAUUCAACGUUCCUUACCACCGUUAACCAUGCUGGACGUCACUGGCAACGGUGCAGAGGAGGCUACAAUUACGACUGUCCUCCCUCUCCUUCCCUUGCUCCAGGUGCUCGAAAUGGCGCGGUGCACCAUUUCAGCGGCACUCUUCAGGCUUCUUGCCGUGCCAAGCGGAGCGGGUCACCACGCUCAGGAUAGAAGUAAUCGAAUCACGUGCCCCGAUCUGAUAUACUUUGGGUUCCGGAGUUACUCUGUUGUAGGGGACUUUCGCGAAUGCAUUGAUGCUUUAUGCGCAAUGUUAGAUUCACGUUGGGAUGGUUUGAAGGUUUGCGAUUAUCUUGACUUCGAUGGGGCCUCUUCCCCUUCUUCGGCUGACCGCAGAAAAUUACCAUUUCUUUUUGGAAUUGGGAACCUGCCUGUACCUUUAGCAUGCUCAAUGGAUCUCGAUCUGCAGGAAUUUUUCCCUGUACAACAUCUCGGCCCUCUCAAACCAGCUCCAAGUUUGAAGAAGUUCCAGCUAUUAUCGACAAAAAGCAUGGCUUAUCCGACGACGAGGGUCACUCUGUCGUCUAAUACCCUUCAUGUUCUUGACUUGCAGAUGGGUGCCACUUCAACAUUUUUAUCCACAAACCAGAGCUCCCAACUUUGGAACGAUGUAUAA